AUGAGGCUGGAAGAAAAAAAGAGUGACAAAUUACGAGAGAAAAAAGGACGAGAGAACGAGCUACAGGCAGGGAUAGGGAGAGAAGACAAAAUGGAGAGACAGGAUAUGAAAGGAAAGAGAAAAAGGUACAAGGAGAACAGAGAACAGGAUAGAGGGAAAGGGAAAGAAGAAGCUAAAGACGGGAGAGACACACUGAGAGAAAGCAACGUUGGAGAGAAAAGACGAAAGAAAGGGAGGAAAAAAAAGGUCAACAUGAGAGACAAAAGGCAUGAACUAGAACAAACAGAAUAUAAGAGACAAAGGGAACGAAAGUAA